AAAGGAAAAAAAUUGUACCGGUUCCUCAGGUAACAGAUUUCUUCCUCGUCAUGUUUCUAGAUUUUCUGCUACUUCUCUGGCAACAUCCCUGCAUUUCAGCAUUGGAGAUUUCACGAAGAAUGGAAGCCAACAGGGGUCAGAAUGGAAUUCAACUCUUACUUGCUGCAGAGCAAGAAGCUCAGCAUAUUGUCAAUGCUGCUAGAAUUGAAAAAAUGGCUAGACUGAAACAAGCCAAAGAAGAGGCUGACAAGGAGAUUGCUGAAUUUCGUGCUCAAAUGGAAGCUGAAUUUCAGAGGAAGCUUGCUGAGAGCAGCGGUGACUCUGGUGCUAAUGUGAAGCGGUUGGAGCAAGAAACUGAGGCAAAGAUUGGUCACCUGAAGAAAGAAGCCGCAAGGAUCUCCCAUGAUGUUGUACAGAUGCUUCUGAAGUUUCCCAUGAUGUUGUACAGAUGCUUCUGA